CAUCAGGAGUGGAAGGUGUAUCUCCUUUUCUUUGCCUUGUUUGUAGCUUCCUCAUCUGCAGCGCCUGCUUGUAAAUGCCAAGAUGAAGAUAAGGUAAAAGUAAAAUACUCGCUAGUGUUACCAUUUAUCAAUCUGCAACUUCCCAUACUUCCGUCGUAUACUUUUAACCAUCAGUCUUUUUCUGUAAUACAAGGUUUCGGAAGACUUAGUUUUUCCCGCACAGCACAAUGCUGUAAGAAUUAUUUUAUGCAGUCCUAAGCUGAAAUUUACGCCGAUACAAAGCCAUUAAACACGUUCAGACCAUGUUCCUUUAAUUACUUUAUAGAAACGUCAGGUUCGCGGUUAAAUUCCAUGUGAAUGAGACCAGAACAAUAGCAACAUAAACGUAAAUAUUAUAAAAUCUUUUGCUCCACAGGAAACUUUGUCCAAGUACAAAGUUAAAGGCAAAGAUGGUGACGAAGAGUAUGAACAAGAAAUCAAAAUCGACACCGAGAAACAAACCGAGACUUAUCACAUUCCAAAAACGAAAUCUUCCAGCGCAGGAGAAGUGGACGAGGUCUACGACUUUAAAAGAGUAAGUAAAUUAGCAUAGCAAAGUAAAUAAGCAUAGCAAAGGCAGCGCUCCUCUCCAUUCUCCUCGGUUAUUUUUAGGACGCCGAGUGUUGGUCGGGUCGGGGUCUUGAACCAUCAACCUUCCGCACGGCAGUACGGCGCUCUAAAAUUAACAAGAGCUAAAAAGUUAAAAUUUUCAAAUGGAUUGAAGUUACAACUCUAAGAUCUUGUAGAGUGGCUUUACGCUUGUCCAAGUAAUAGUAAGGUACUUUAAGUCAAAAACUUAUCGCGACUUUUUAAGUUACUCGGAUUUUCGCGUACGUUAGGCUAGUUCGCUAACUUUGGAUAAUGGUUAGCUUUUUGUUACAUUCCCUUGUGUUGUGACAGUCGGUCAAAAAGUGCUCUAAGAAAACAGUGAUUACUAUUUAAAAUUCAUAAUCACUGUUUACUCAUUUAUUUGCUGAUGUUUUUCGUACAGAACUUGGUUAUGCGCCGAAUGCCUGAACACAAAGCCUGUUUCUUGAGUGAAUCCACUGAAAACGCUCCAAAGCCUCAAGACCUCAAAAAUGCACUUGACAAGGUAACUUUCCUUUCUUCGUUCGCGAGCAACGAUCGAUGCUCUAGCUUUACACUGAAGUUCACGAUAAAGCCUUCGUUUUUUGGUGCAUUUCGGUUUCCUUGAAAUUAUCUUUUACAAGAAAGUGUUAGUUUUAUAGAUGGUAUGUGUUCAGAAGGCGAUUUGUUUGGCUUUUCUCUGAUUAAAUGUCAUAACGGACACAUUUAUGGUCGAAAGGACUAUCGACCUCCUUCCGGCUCAGUCUAAUCAACAAGCUCUGAUGUAAAAAGAACGUCUUUUCAUACUAUCAUAUCCCAUUUUUGACUUAUUGUAGUGCUCGUGGAAAAUGAAUCAAUCAUCAAAACCACUGAGGGCUUCGAACAUGAUCGUAACCCCAUUAUCGCCUAAAAUCUAAAGUAAGAUUAUAAUUAUGGAGUGAGUAAAAAUUAAAACAGAAAUUUGAUGGGAAGCAACUCAUUUCGUUUCUGAAUCGCUUUUUCAGCAAAGCGCUUCAGGUUCCUCGGAAUCUGUUAAUAUUACUGAAGACAAUUAUGAAGUUGUUGGCACUGUGAAUGAUCGUUCCACUCUGAGUGAUGAAAUGGCUGCAAUGUGUGCCAAAUUUCCCAUUUAUCGCAUCAGGAGGAGGAAGGUCUCUAUGAGCGUGGAAAAAGAAAACGUCGAAGGU